UUCUCUUUUAUAUCGCCGGCUCCGUCACACUUUCUCCUCCUCCUUCCUUCCCUCCGUCGUUGAAACCCUAACCCUAGAUUCAAUCGCCUCCACCACAAAUUCGAUCGAAGGAAACAACCAUUUCCGCAUCUCUCUGGAGUUCUACAUCCUCACACUUUGGAUCUCUAAUGCGCAGCAUCCCGAAAGCCCAUAGCGAUUGGAUCGGAUAUGGCUCUCGUCGCGGUGGAGCCGGCGGGUGCCCUUGUAGAAUCGGAUGUGGGAGACUCUAUGGAAUCGUUUCUACGGCUUUUGGAGUCCCAGAAGGAGCUCUUCCACAGCCAGAUCGACCAGCUGCAGAAGCUCGUCGUCACCCAAUGCAAGCUCACCGGUGUGAAUCCCCUCGCUCAAGAAAUGGCUGCUGGUGCUUUAUCAAUAAGAAUUGGAAAACGACCAAGAGAUUUGUUGAACCCUAAAGCACUAAAGUAUAUGCAAUCAGUUUUUUCCAUUAAAGAUACAAUUGGGAAAAAAGAAACUCGUGAAAUUAGUGCUCUCUGUAAGGUCACUGUUUCACAGGUCAGAGAAUUUUUUGCUGGUCAGCGCUCUAGAGUGAGAAAGCUUGUUCGCUUAUCAUGUGAUCAAUCAGCUAAACUAGAGGCAUCUAAGGUGUCCAAAGAAGAAUGUUCUUCUAGUUUGGACCAUUCUUCUUCUGUCAGUGAAGUGCAGUUAGAAAACACUGCAGUUGGUACGACAAUCGGGGAGCUUAAACAGGCUCCUGAGAACACUUGCAUUCUUGCUACUCUUAAAACUGAUCAACAGGUGACAGUGAAUCCAAAUGAGCCUGUGAAAGUUGAGGCAGGCCAUCCAUCCGUAUUGCCUGAGGAAACUGCUCCUGGCGUUGAUUCUGAUGAUAAGGAGUUUUUAGAUAAAAUAUUCAAUAUGAUGAAGAAGGAACAGACUUUUUCUGGGCAGGUGAAAUUAAUGGAGUGGAUUCUCCGUAUUAACAACACUGCAAUUUUAAAUUGGUUCUCAAAUAAUGGCGGGGUUCCCAUAUUGGCAGCAUGGUUGAGUGAAGCAGCUGUUGAAGAGCAAACUACUGUGCUUCAUGUCAUUUUGAAGGUUCUCUAUCAUCUACCACUACACAAAGCUUUACCAUUACACAUGUCUGCCAUAGUACCUGCUGUUAACAGAUUGCGCUUUUAUAGGACCUCAGACAUAUCAAACAGAGCAAGGUUCCUUCUAUCAAGAUGGAGUAAAGUGUUCAUAAAGAGCCAGGCUUUGAAGAUACCUCCUAUUAGUUCCUCCAAGUUAUCACUGAAAGAGAUAGUUCAUAAAAAAAGGAUGGGUGGAUGUCUUGAAGAUGAGUUCUUGCAGUCCAACCUUGACAAUCCUGUGGAUAUUCUCGCACUUGCUGGAGAUAAUGAAAUACACAGAACAAGAGAGCAUAACAAAAUGCUAAAGCUGCUUCCUGCUUCCUCUUCUGACUCAAGCAAGAAACAGGACCGGAGUGUCUCAUCCAAAUCCAAACAACGUAGAAAGAUUUUACUAGUUGAACAGCUAGAUCAUAAAGCUUCUGGCAGAAUUGCACAUACUGUAAGAACUGCAUCUACAAACCAUAGUCGUCCAAUGUCAGCUGAUGAUAUACAAAAAGCAAAGAUGCGUGCAAUGUUUAUGCAACAUAAAUAUGGAAAAACCGAUCCAUUGAGUUGCGGAAGCCAGUCUCAGAAGAUUGACUAUACAAAGGAAUCUUCUCUGGCCACUGAUAUAAUAUCCACACAAAAAACAUCUCAAGAUGAGCUAGUGAAAAAAGAAGAAUCCAGUAUACCAUCAAUUUCCUCAACCAGCCCUCUCAAUGAACCUGAAACAUCUAUUUCACACACUAAUUCAACUACAAUUGAAGACUGUUUGGGAAUAUUGAGAUGCAAGCUAAUUCAAUGGAAGAUUCCACAAGGUGCAGAGACAUGCAUAAGUUCUUCAUGGAGAGUGGGAGUUGGAGAGAGCAGUAAGGAGAUUGAUGUCCAAACCCAGAGAAAUCGGCGAGAGAACGAAACUUUCUAUUCAUGCUUCCAAGACAUCCCACUCAAUCCGAAGGAACCUUGGGACGUUGAAAUGGAUUUUGAUGACAGUUUGACACCAGAAAUCCCACUGGAACAGCCACCAGAUGCUGAUGUUGAAGAAGGCUCUUCUUCUCCCUCUCCAAAUAAUGUACUCGAGGAAUUCCCUGGUGGUGGUGGUGGUGCUGUACCUCCUGAAAUCUCCUCAGCACCAUCAAACAGUGAUGGGACUCCAGAGCCUGAUCUUGAAUUACUUGCCGUGCUACUGAAGAAUCCGGACCUUGUCUUUGCUUUAACAUCAACUCAAGGAAAGAACUUGACUAGUGAGGAGAUGGUGGCACUGCUGGAUAUGCUUAAACGAAAUGGUGUUGGAUUGAACGGUAUACUUAAUGAGUUGGAACGCCAAAAACAGACUAACUCUUAUCAAACACAAUCCCAGAAGACAGAAUUGCCAACGUCCCUUCCUUCUCCAACUCCUCCAUCCGAAGCUGAAAGAAGUGGUUGGAGGUCAGACUUUCCAACCUUUACAAGAACACCAGUCUUGCAGCCUCAUUUUUCAGUCAACAGGGCUGUGCCAGCUAAUGCCAUGCAGACAGAUGUCGUCCUCCAACAUCAUCUAUUUGUUGCUGCCGCACCAGUGCUCACCCAGUCUCAGGCCUCUAGUUUAGCACAGCCUGCUCAGGCGCCAGCAGCCAUCUUGUCGCUGCCAAAAGUUGCUGCGGUGGCAAACAAUUUGGCAACUCAAAAUGGUCCAUCCGCUAGUUUGCUUGCAUCCAGGGCUACAGCUCCCAGCCCAUCCCAGAGGCAAUUUCAAUCCAUUGCCCAUUCAUCACAACCUGCUACACUUCUCGACUCCGAUAUGUCCAGUAACGAUUACUCAGUAACCAAUACAACAUUCAUGUCAUCACUACCUCGACAGGAGCCAUUCAGACACAUUCCUUCAACCAAUUCAAUGAAUCCCACAUUGCCAAUGGUUCCUCUCAAUGCGCAUAGAUCACAAUCCACCCCCAAUGAUCAGCUAAUUUUCUCACGCACAACUCCAACAUGGCCAGCACCUGGUCCGACAGCAAUUGUGAGGCGGGAUCUGACACCAAAUCAUCCGACUGAAAGACGAAAUGGUGUUUUUGAAGUUCCUUUGGCAAGCCAACAGUAUUAUCCCAACCAAAACAGCUACGAUGAUUAUCCCAGCAGAUCUUUGCCCUUUUCUGGCGGAAGGGCUGAACAGAAUGGGUUCAUCAACAAUGAGUCAGAGACUUGGAGGUCCCAUGACAGUUCUGAGAGACCUCCUGAGUCUUCCUCUAGGUGGAGUUAUGGUGAGGAAUCAAAAGGUGAUAGUAGGUUGAAUAAGAGGCCUGAAUGGUCUAGGCAGGGGCCAGGUUCCCACCGUGACCGUGAUACUGGAGGCAGUAGAAGGUGGCGGGAUCGGGAUUAUAGUUAUAGCCAUGGUCGGCGGAGAUGAAUUUUCCACCAAUUUGUUAACAUUCACCAAUUUCCUAUGAUUUUCGCUCUGCUCUUGCGAUGGAGAUGCGUGGAUAGGUCAUGAGCAUUGACGCAUGACCAACACAAUGGAGCUGUGCAAAUCUAACAUUUUGUUCCGAUUCCCUCAUUAACGAAAAGAAUUGAAAAUCAUCGCCCAUAUCCACAUGGGCGAUAUUAAUUUAA